AGGCUCUGUCCAUGUUGUUAUGCAGCGUGUCUCUUUUUAAUCCACGCCGGCCAGAUUAGUGAUUGCCUGUCAAUUUCCCUGGCAAAUUGAAUUAUUACAGCUCGGUAAAACUGGACGCAUUCACUCCACGGAGCUGGAUGGAGGUUCAUAUAUAUAUACAAAUGAAAUGAAAUAAUCCGGCCGGAUUCCCCAUUUCGGCGUGAAAUCAAAUCAGUGGAUCCAGCCACCAAACCAUGCUUCCCCCUGGCGAAUCUCAGCCGCCGCAGCCGACGGAGCGAGCGGUGGUGGACCUGCUGGGCGACCUCCCGACGCACGUCCUCGACAAGAUCCUCGCCGGCCUGCCCGCCGGCGACGUGGUCCGCACGUCGGUGCUGUCGACGCCGUGGCGCUGCCGCUGGGAGUCCGUGCCAGGCCUCGACAUCGAGCUCCACGACGUCCGCGACGAAGCCGGCGCCUGGGUCUCCGCCGCCAGCAUCCUCGAGCGCUGCGGGUUCCCCGUCGGCCGCGUCAGCAUCCGCGGCGUCCCGCUGAGCGUCUACCACCGCGCCGACGACUGGGUGCGCGCCGUCGCCGGGAAGAGCCCGCGCUCCCUGUCCCUCGCGCUCCCGCUUGCCACGCCGCUGCCGUCGCUCUUCCGCUGCGACCCCGCCGCGCUGGCCGAGCUGGAGCUCCGCUGCUGCGUGAUCCCGGCGCCGCCGCGCGCUGCCGCCGAUGGCUUCGUGGGGUUCCAGAGGCUAACCAAGCUCGAUCUGGACGACGUGGUGUUCACCGGUAGGAGUGGGUGGGCGCAGCUGGAGGCCAUGGUCUCGGCGGCCGCCCCGACGCUCGUGGAGCUCCGCCUGCAAAACAUUGCUUUCGCCCUCGCCGGCGACGGGUUCGUCCCCGGCCGGUGGGUCAUCCAGGCACCCAAUCUCCGGCGGCUGGUGCUGUGCCUGAGGAUGGCUGGCGCUGGUCUCUGGGAGCUUGGGCCGCUGCCGAACCUGGAGUUUGCCAGAAUCUUCCUCAACGACUCCGCGGAGAGCAGAGACUACGUCCAGAUGUUCACAGCCAUUGCUAACGUCAGGGAGCUUCACAUCGGCAACUUCGACAUGGCCACACAGGCAGCAGCAAUCAACAUAUUCCAAGAUCUUUUGUGGAGAUUUGAAAAUCUAAGGAUUUUGAGACUAGAUGCAAACUUUCUUGUUCCACCACAUCAUCUAUUCAGUCUUUCUCGAUUCCUUCAAACUGUUGAAAUUAAGAGAUGGUACAGAUCAAGUAGUCCAGAAAGUAGUGGAAUACACAUUCUCAGUGGAUAUGUUUGAUGGAAGGGAAGGCCUUUUCAGAGGCAUCAUCAGGAUCUGAAAAAUUUGAAAGAAUUGAAAGCAGCACAGGUGUGCUUUAAGCAUACGGAGCUUCUGUGCACUUCUACUUAUCAAUUGGAGAAUUAUAAAUAUGCCAUUUCGUAUUUAUGUCCAUAGACUAAUACUUUGAGAAAAGUUAUGGGAUUUUUGUAGCUAAUAGGAGUUUCUUUUAUGUGGAAACCGUAGUUUGCUUGGUUGGCUAGUUGCCAGCAUUCUGGGACAUCAAUAAUUCAGUUAAUGGCUUCAAAACUCUAGUGUUUCAUGUUAUGCUGGAUAAAUUGUUUUUGAAACAUUUGGUUGUAUUCCUUUAGAUAUGUGUUAUAUAUCAAGUAAGGGCUUUGUUC